UUUAAGUAAAUUCAAAAUACUACGGAAUCAACAAGAGCAGUAGUAGUUAUGCAAAUUAAAGUUUGCCAUCGCCUCGUUAGUUUGUAUUAUUUACUGAAUAUUGCAUUUAUUAGCAUUACUUUUACAUUACCUAAUAUUCGCGAAAAUCUGAAACAGUUACCUAAAUGACAAGGACAUAGAUAACUAGGUCUAGCCUAGCUAUACUUAGCUAGCUGGAGCUAACAUUAAGUUAUAAAACUAACAGUCAGUUACAUCGAAGAUUUUUUUAAACCAGUUCACUUGACAAUAACAUUCUAAAUGAAUGAUUGUGAUGGUGAUGGUGGUCGGUAUUUGUAUUACAUUACCUCAACUAGACAUGAGUCCGGAGUUAACGCACUAGCUAGGUUGGUAGCUGGCGAAGUGGCUUUAGCUAGCUAGCGUUAUAUAUCCUAAGUUACAUUUGAGACAUCAGAAUUCCGAUGAACACGGGAAAGAAAGAAAAACAUGGUUACCAGAUGUCAGCUUUAUUAACAAGCGCGGUUUACAAUUCCAGCGUAUUGUGAGGUGCUUGUGUUCACCUUCACACCGAAGGAGGGUGAGAGCUACGUGUGGUAACAGUUACUCGCUUGUACGAUGGCGGGUCCCUUGCUGGAGUUUGAGACGGAGAUGUUUCUCAGUCUUUUCGGUACUGAUGGGCUGUUGGUGACGGCAGAAGGAAUGGGCAUCGAUCGCAUACUACUCCAAUUCUUGCGGGUGUACUCUGAGGAGGGGAGUCUUGUGCUCUUGUUAAAUACAACUACACCUGAACAGGAGUACUUUACUGAACAGCUGCGGGCAGAGGGAGUGAGUCACCUUCCUCAGACUGUGACGAGUGAGGUGCAGAGCAGCGAGCGCUACCGCGUGUACACACGGGGAGGAGUUCUCUUCGUCACCAGCCGCAUUCUGGUGGUGGACUUUCUCACAGACAGAAUCCCAGCACAUCUCAUCUCAGGAAUCUUGGUAUAUCGGGCCCACAAGAUCAUCGAGUCAUGUCAAGAAGCUUUCAUCCUAAGGCUUUUCCGGCAGAAGAACAAGACCGGUUUUAUCAAGGCCUUCACAGACAAGGCCACGUCCUUCUCUUCAGGAUUCUGCCAGGUGGAGCGGGUUAUGAGGAACCUAUUCGUCAAGAAACUCUUCCUCUGGCCCAGAUUCCAUGCUGCUGUGAACUCUUUGCUGGACCAACAUAAGCCUGAUGUGGUGGAGCUCCACGUGACUCUCACCCCAGCCAUGAGUGCCAUCCAGAGCUCAGUGCUGGACAUCAUGAACGCCUGCCUGAAAGAGCUGAAGCGCUACAACCCCACACUGGAGGCAGAGGACCUCUCCCUGGAGAACACUCUGGGAGCUGCCUUUGAGAAGACGAUCCGUCACUACCUCGAUCCACUGUGGCAUCAGUUGGGGGCCAGGACCAAGUCUUUGGUCCAGGACUUGAAAAUCCUGCGCACUUUGCUGCUCUACCUGACCCAAUAUGAUUGCGUCACCUUUCUGAACCUUCUAGAAUCUCUGCGGUCCAGCCAGAAAGCUUUUGGCAGUAACUCAGGAUGGUUGUUCUUGGACUCCAGUACAUCAAUGUUCGUCAAUGCUCGUACACGUGUCUACAGAGUGCCUGAGGCAAAGAAGAAACUUAAGAUUGGCAGUGACCCAGAACAGAAACCAAGCAGCUCAGCUGAGGUGAAAAGGGUGCUGGUUCUCGAGGCGAACCCUAAGUGGGAGGCUCUCUCAGAGGUUAUGCAAGAGAUCGAGAGAGAGAACAGCCAAUUGGAAAACAACCCAGGCCGGGUGUUGAUCUGUGCCAGCGACGACCGCACCUGUGCCCAGCUGAAAGAGUACAUUACCAAAGGGGCUGAUUCUCUGCUCACCCGCCUCUACACACGCACCAUCGGGAAGAACGAGGCUCCCUUUGACCUAGCCUCUGACCAGAGGGGGAAAGCCAAGGGCAGGAAAGACCAGGGGAAGGGGCCCGACGGCAAGAAACGCAGAGCCGAACAAGCCAAGAGCUGUAAGAAGAGCCUGAAGCCAGAGCUGACCCUGACCCAGAUGGUGGGGAAGGAGAAGAUGGGGGGAGAGCACAUGGGCAGCAGUGGAGAUGAAGGAGAACAGGAGGAGACGAUGGAGGAAGAGGAGGUCCUCUUAGACCUGUCCUCUGAUGCCUACUAUGGUAUCCUGAAGGAGCCACUGACUGUAAUCCAUCCACUUCGGGGUUGCACUGACCCCUACAGUCUGACCCGUGUACUGCAUGAGGUUGAGCCCAGCUAUGUAGUGCUGUAUGACGCUGAGCUCUCCUUUGUAAGGCAGUUGGAGAUCUUCAAAGCUAGCCGGCCUGGAAAACAGCUGAGGGUGUAUUUCCUCAUCUAUGGUGGCUCCACUGAGGAGCAGCGCUAUCUGACAGCCCUGCGCAAAGAGAAGGAAGCCUUUGAACAUCUGAUCAGGGAGAAGGCCACUAUGGUGGUACCUGAAGAGAGAGAGGGACGGCAGGAUACCAAUCUGGACCUGGUGCGCAACCAAGAUCAGGCAAAUGCCACCACCAAUACGCGCAAAGCAGGAGGUCAGGAGGAAGCAGCGGUGCCCUCGCGGGUCAUCGUGGACAUGCGGGAGUUCCGCAGCGAGCUGCCCUCCCUGCUGCACCGGCGGGGGCUGGACAUCGAGCCCGUCACCCUGGAGGUGGGGGACUACAUCCUAACCUCGGACAUGUGCGUGGAGCGCAAGAGCGUGAGCGACCUCAUCAGCUCUCUGCAGAGCGGCCGGCUGUACACCCAGUGCCUCUCCAUGACCCGCUACUACCGGCGGCCCGUGCUCCUCAUCGAGUUCGACCCGGCCAAGCCCUUCUCCCUGGUGGCCCGCUCGGACAUGCGGCAGGAGAUCUCCUCCGCCGACGUCAGCUCCAAGCUCACCCUGCUGACCCUGCACUUCCCCCGGCUGCGACUGCUCUGGUGCCCCUCGCCCCACGCCACGGCCGAGCUCUUCCAGGAGCUGAAGCGCGGCCGGCCCGAGCCCGACGCGGCCCUGGCCCAGGCCGUCACGGCGGAGUCAGACACCGUGAGCGAGUCCGCCGACCUCUACAACCCCGGCCCUCACGACUUCCUGCUCCGCUUGCCUGGGGUCAACACCAAGAACUACCGGGCUCUUAUCAGCAAUGCAGCAAACCUGGCGGAGCUGGCCACGCUAAGCCAGGACAGACUGGCUGAAAUCCUGGGCAAUGCUACGAAUGCCAGGCAGCUGUACCAGUUCCUCCACGGAACCAUGGAUGUCCCGCUGGCUCAAAAGGGCAAGAUGACAGAGGCCCGAGGGAAGAGGUGAUCCCUCUUCAGUUCCCACCUGACUCAGUUCCCACACAUGGGUGUGGACAUAGGUGUGCCUUGAUUUGUGGGAAAAACUCUUGUUUAAUGUAGUUUGUUAAUAUUGUAAAUUUGACAUCACAUUUUUGAAACCUACAUUUUUUUUUUUACAUGCGUAAAAUGAAAAAUAAUUUAGAAAGUGUAUUUUUAUAAGUAGUACUUAACCGUGUACAUGUUCUUUAUACAGUGUGUGUGUGUGUGUGUGUGUGUUUGCAGUGAUGCAUCUUUAGAAUUAUUGUGAAGCACUAUAUACUAUAUAUGAUGUUUUUGUGAAAUGUGGCAGCUUACAUCAGGAUAGAUGAUACAGUAUACAUCACAUCUUAAUUCCUGGUGUCGUUCCUCACGCUAUUGUAGAGGUGUAGUUGCUUUCGUUAGCUUUAGAUGGCGAUAUCAUGUAGAGAACUGACGAAACGAAUGGACUGUUUUGCUUCAGAAUCGUAAUUUUCAAUGUGCUCAUUUUUGGGCAGCACCCCACGUCCUAUGGUAUAAGGAGCAACUGUCGUCCUACAUGCUUCAGAGUCUAUCAGCUGUAAUUUUGUGCAGCACAUGAAUGGUAUGACGUGCCGACAUUGGCAGUAGAGAAACAAAUGACGCAAUAAACAGGCUAAAGUCUAUAUUGCUUAUUAUUAAAUGCGAUAAACUGCA